AUGCACGACACUCCCGACAAACCCAAAACUAGCAGUUUGGAUACUAGUGCUGACGAGUCCCCGAAGCUCCAGGUAGCUGUUGUUGGUGGUGGCAUAGCGGGUCUUAGUGUUGCAAUUUCUUUAUUGCAGCACCCGGGAGUCAAUGUUCAAAUAUACGAGCGAACCAAGGUCUUCCGAGAGAUCGGGGCUAGCAUCAGCCUGGGCCCCAAUGGGCUCCGGACAUUGGAGAAGCUCGGUGUCGAGAAUGCAAUCGAUGGCAGCGUGUGCUCACGGCAGAUAUCCGACUAUCCAAUGAUAUAUCGGCAUUGGCGGACCGGAGAGGUGAUCGCUCGUGACCUCCACAAGACCGUUAAGACCAAAAAGCAUUUCACGGCGCGAUUCCAUCGUGCACAUCUCCAUCAAGCCCUCCUGGAACAUGUUCCCCGGGAAAUUGUUCACAUGGGUAAGAAGACCGUCAGCAUUGUUGCUGAUCGCGAAGAGGGAGUGACCUUGACCUUUGAGGACCACACCACUGCCAAGGCGGAUAUCUGCAUUGGUGCUGACGGAAUACACUCGAAUGUCCGCAAAACCUUUGUACCAGGUCAUACGCUUCGCCGCACUGGUUGGACAGCAAUGCGCUCUGUGUUCGACGCUUCACUGGUGAAAGACGUUAAUUUCCCCGAAGAUGCCUCCCACUGGAUCGGCCCCGAUCGAAGCUUCUUUCAUUCAAAGGUCGGCAAGGGAAUGUUCACCGUUGUCGGGGGUCUUCAUACCGACCCAAACGACCCAGCAGACACAGUGCAAUGGGACGACGGAUACAGCAUGGAUAAAUUCCGGGAGCUCUACAAGGAUUGGCAUCCCGCAGUCCGCUCGCUAAUCGAGGUAACACCCCACACACGACUUUUCCCCAACAUGGCUGGGCGUGCGCUGGACACAUGGACUUUUUCUCAGCGUGUGACCUUGGCCGGGGAUGCCGCCCACACACACGGCGGGGCCUUCGCCGCCGGAGGAUCACUGGCGAUUGAUGAUGCGUAUGCACUAUUUCUUGCCCUCAACCACGUCUGGCCUGCGGCUGUGGCACAAUCGAGGAAGCCCACGGUCGAACAGCUGGGCGAGGUUUUUCGCCUUUACGAGGCCACUCGGAAGCCACACAUCGAAAAGAUUCUUAAUGCAGUGCAUCUGCAGGUCAUUGGUCACAAGCCCAAGUUAGAGGACGGUGAUAUAGAAACGGAUGAGAUGUUGGAAGAGAGAGUGCGUAAUCGGCCGGACCCAUCAUGGAUCAGUGAACACGAUGUGGAGAGCGCCUUUCAAAAUGCCAUUGGCGCGAAGGACCUGGGUUUGAUCAAGAUUCCCUCUAAAUUAGCUUAG